AUGAAAGCCAGAUUGGUUGUGUUCCCACUUCGUGGAAGGAACUGGUGCUUCUCCAGAUCUCUAGACCCUUCCCUUAAUCAACAUUCCUCUUCAUCCGGCUCCCCUUCUACGUUUCGGGAUCUCUGGCGCAACAUCUCUUCCUCCGGCUCCUCCGCUCCUCGCAAUGCCCAGCUCAUCGUCGAUUUCAUCGCCAACAAGAUGAACGGAGCUUGGAUUGGCAUGGAGAAAUCGCCCGAUGGCACUCUCAAGAAGAAGAUUCAUGGGGUAGGUUUGAAGCUACUGGCACGGGUUAAGCCCUCAGAGAUUUUCUUGAAGUCCAUAUCCAGGGACGUCACCGGCGUUGAAAUAGUAUACCCCGUCAGUUUAAAUGCACGGUUUGUGCGACGAAGGUUGCGCCAUAUUGCAGUUAGGGGAGCUUCAAUCCACAAGAAAUACUUCUAUGGUUCAAUAACAUUACUUCCACUGACCUCUGCGUUGAGUGUUUUACCUCUGCCCAAUAUCCCAUUCUUUUGGGUCCUAUUCCGAACUUAUUCCCAUUGGCGAGCUCUGCAGGGAAGUGAGACACUCCUUAAGCUUGUGUCCGAUAGCUCGUGGUCUGAAAAAUGUGCGGUUCAAAAUGGUGGACAAGGUCAAACUGAGAAUGGCAAUGACAGCUCCAAGGACAAAUCCCCUUGUUCGCAAGGUUCUCCGUGGGUGUUGCAGCCAUCAAAGGAACUUGAGGAGAUCAUCAUCAGGCAGCAGGAAGACGAUGAUGAUGUUAGCGAAGCUGCAAUCACUAGUGUUUGCGAGAUGUAUGGACUAGACGCAAAAGAUGUGUUGAAGUUUAAGGAUAACAUGUAA